AUGGCGGAAAAGGAUCUCGAAAACGGCGACCCCAAGCGCGAGAGGAUCUCGUUUGCAGACGGGUGGGAUCCAGACAAAGAUGAGGGCGAGUAUGCCAACCUCAUUCGAUACAUCUCCACCUACCGAGACCGUCGUUUUUCCAAAGCGCCCUCCCAAGUCUCUGGAGAUGAUGUCGCAGACGCCUCACAAGACAAAAAGGUUCCGUUCUACCGCAGAAUCUUAGGUGGUGGCAAGACCAGUUCCGAUCUCUACGAGGUCCCGGAAGAAUGGCUAAAUACAGACAUCAAACAAGGUCUCACCACCGCAGAGGUUGAGCAAAGAAGACGAAAGACCGGGUUCAACGAACUUACCACAGAAAAAGAGAACAUGUUAGUCAAGUUCAUCGGCUACUUCAGAGGCCCAAUUCUUUAUGUUAUGGAGCUCGCUGUUCUUCUCGCUGCUGGUCUGCGUGAUUGGAUUGAUUUCGGUGUCAUCAUCGGUAUUUUGCUGUUGAACGCUAUUGUCGGUUGGUACCAAGAAAAGCAAGCUGCCGAUGUUGUUGCCAGCUUAAAGGGUGACAUUGCCAUGAAGGCUGAAGUUGUUCGCGACGGUCAAAUUCAAGAGAUCAAGGCUCGUGAGCUUGUUCCUGGUGACAUUCUCAUCUUGGAAGAGGGUGCCGUUGUUGCUGGUGAAGCCCGCUUGAUCUGCGACUUUGACAACCCAGCUGGUUUUGAAGAAUACAAGGAAAUGGUCAACGAUCCUGAGGGUUACCACUCCAAGAACCAUACCGACUCUGAUGAUGACGAGGAACAUCAUAUUGGUGUCUCCAUCGUCGCUACAGAUCAAUCUGCUAUCACUGGAGAAUCUCUGGCUGUCGACAAGUACAUGGGUGACAUCUGCUACUACACCACUGGGUGCAAGCGUGGCAAGGCCUACGCUGUGGUCACCGAGUCUGCCCGAGGCUCCUUCGUCGGUAAGACUGCUUCGCUCGUCCAAGGUGCCAGUGAUUCUGGUCACUUCAAGGCUAUCAUGGACUCAAUCGGUACCUCUCUACUGGUCUUGGUCGUCUUCUUCAUCCUUGCUGCUUGGGUUGGCGGUUUCUUCCGCAACUUGCCGAUUGCAACUCCCCAGGAUUCUUCCAUCAACUUGCUGCACUACGCCCUCAUCUUGCUCAUCAUCGGUGUUCCUGUUGGUUUGCCUGUUGUUACAACAACCACCCUGGCUGUCGGCGCUGCAUACUUGGCUCAGCAAAAGGCAAUUGUCCAGAAGCUUACCGCAAUCGAGUCUCUGGCUGGUGUCGAUGUUCUGUGCUCCGACAAGACUGGUACUCUUACUGCCAACCAAUUGACCAUUCGAGAACCCUACGUUGCUGAGGGUGAAGAUGUGAACUGGAUGAUGGCUUGUGCUGCCCUUGCUUCCUCGCACAACUUGAAGGCUCUUGAUCCUAUUGACAAGAUCACUAUUUUGACCCUGAAGAGAUAUCCCAAGGCUCGUGAGAUCUUACAACAAGGCUGGAAAACUGAAAAAUACAUGCCAUUCGACCCUGUCUCCAAGCGUAUCACCACUAUCUGCACUCUAAAGGGUGAGAAAUGGUCUUUCUGCAAAGGUGCACCCAAAGCCGUUCUCGCCAUUGCAGAGUGUGACGAGGCUACUGCAAAACACUACCGUGAUACUGCAGCUGACUUUGCUCGUCGUGGUUUCCGAUCUCUCGGUGUGGCUUCCAAGCGUGGUGACGAGCCAUGGAAGGUCAUUGGCAUGCUGCCCAUGUUUGACCCUCCUCGAGAUGAUACUGCCCAUACCAUCUUGGAAGCUCAGAAUCUCGGUCUCAGCGUUAAGAUGUUGACUGGUGAUGCCAUCGCCAUUGCCAAGGAAACUUGCAAGCUUCUUGCUCUCGGAACCAAGGUCUACAACUCGCAACGCCUCAUCGCCGGCGGUGUUACUGGUUCUGCUCAGUACGACCUUGUCGAGAAGGCUGACGGAUUCGCUGAAGUCUUCCCGGAGCACAAGUACCAGGUCGUUGAAAUGCUUCAACAAAGAGGUCAUUUAACUGCCAUGACUGGUGAUGGUGUCAACGAUGCUCCAUCUUUAAAGAAAUCUGACUGUGGUAUCGCUGUCGAGGGUGCUACUGAAGCCGCGCAAGCCGCUGCUGACAUUGUCUUCCUUGCUCCUGGCCUCAGCACGAUCGUCGAUGCUAUCAAGGUUGCCCGUCAAAUUUUCCAGCGUAUGAAGGCCUACGUGCAAUACCGCAUUGCUCUCUGUUUGCAUUUGGAAGUUUAUCUGACCACAUCCAUGAUCAUCAUCAACGAGACCAUCCGUACCGACUUGAUUGUCUUCUUGGCCUUGUUCGCCGAUCUUGCCACCAUUGCAGUUGCCUACGAUAACGCUCAUUAUGAGCCUCGCCCUGUCGAGUGGCAAUUGCCCAAGAUCUGGGUUAUUUCAGUCUUCCUUGGCUUCCUGCUUGCAAUCUCCACCUGGAUCGUUCGUGGAUCGUUCUAUCUACCAAACGGUGGUCUAGUUCAAAAUUUCGGUAACGUUCAGCUCAUGCUGUUCCUCCAAGUCUCACUGGUUGAGAACUGGCUUAUUUUCGUCACUCGUGGUGGACAGACAUGGCCCUCCUGGAAACUCGUCGGUGCCAUCUUCAUCGUCGAUGUCCUGUCCACACUUUUCUGUGUUUUCGGCUGGCUUUCCGGUGAGCCUGACCAAUUCUUCACUAGCCCUCAAGACGCAUUCUCCCGAGACCAUUACAGCUCGGAUACUUCCAUCGUCACUGUGGUCGUUAUCUGGUGUUAUUCCAUUGGUGUUAUCAUCGUUGUAGCUAUCGUCUACUACCUCCUUGUCAGCAUGACCUGGAUUGAUAACCUCGGCCGUGCCACUCGCAGCCAUGCCGAUACUACGAUGGAGAACAUCCUUGGCCAUCUCAGCCGCAUUGCUAUUGAGCACGAGACGGAUGUGCAUGGCAAAACGAAAUGGGUGUUGGGCUCUAAAGGAACUGGAGAGGAAGAGGAAGAAUAA